AUGGGACGUGAAGGUGUCCUGUGUAAAACGUUUCCCCAUCUGUCUGAUGUUAUCAACUCCUUUUGCGGGGAAGUAGAUGGAUUUGUCAAACGACUUAAGGCUCAAAGCCUCAACCCGGGGGGUACUGAAGUAAUUAUGAGAUCCAAUGAUAACAUAGGUGAGAGAGUCACCCAAAGAGUAUUGACUGGGUGCCGGGUUCCCGACAACAACAUUCUCGAUACACCAUCAUUCACCUAUAAAGACGUAACUAACGUGAAUGGUGUUCUCGAGAGCCAAUUUGAUGAAUCCAUGUAUGCGAGUUCGGAAAACUACGGAUCAGAACAUCCUUCUGGUGGUUCUGCACUUGAUCUAGAUGAAGAGUAUUCGGGCGGCGACGAUGAGGCUCCCACUUUGGUGGAAAUCGUUCAGGAUAAUGGUUCACGGAACUCCUCAUCCCAUGGAACACUUCAUGAAACCACAGAAACCUCAGCUACAGGAAUUUUUGCUUCGGAUAAAUCAGAUGAAAGUACCACAUGGUCCCAAACGCAGGCACAGUUAGGAAAUAUUUUUCCGAUACUUGGGGAUGACGACGAAAGUAUGAGGACAGAUGACGGAGAAAACGAUAAGAACCAUUCCGAUCCCACAGUCAGCGCUGAUAUACUUUUCCGACCCGAAGAAGGGAAUCAAGGAGGAGAGGAGUACAGCAGUGAAGUGGAACAUUCAGAAGAGGUGGAGGAAGAGGAGCAACCACAAGAAAAGGAAAAAGAAGAAGGAGGAGGAGUGGAGGAGGAGGAGGAGAUGGAGGAGGAGGAUGAGGAGGAAGACGAAGAUGAAUUAGAUAAACGCAAUGACAACUCACGCAUGCAGGCGUCGAAAAAGCAAGCACAACAGGGAGCCAGUAAGAAACGCCAUGCACCGAGUCGAAAGCCGCCAAAGAAGAGGACAAAAACCAAUCCGGAAACGCAGGUUCGAGCCUUAGAUUCGACGCGAACGCUGGAGCUAUCCCUUGGAGAUCUCCCAGAACUCCCACGUGGCACAAUCGAACCUCACGCUGUCUAUCUUAUGCUUCGAGGUCGUUGUCAACACCACCCUGAGGAAGAUUUACGCCUCCUAACGAAACUUUUUUUCCUGAUUGGCUCACCUUCAGCCGUCGCCCAAGUACAGGAUGCUGUGCUAACAAUCAGACGACAAAUGGUAUCCCGCACACAAAACCCCACUAGUAUGGCGCAUAUCAGCCACUGGUUGGAUCAAGUCGAGCUCAGUGCCCCGUUAGCGCGAAGAUACGGCAUUAUCAGUCUGUCCCAGCGCCGCCGGGAGCUGGACAAGUGGCACAAGGAUCAGAACGGGCUACGACAGUCGUCUCGCAGAAGAAAAUCAAUGAAAAGUAACAUGCCUCCGCGUGGUGGAGGCACUGAAGGUGGGGGUUCCACUGCUAGCAAGACCGACACGGCAGCUCUCCAUGACCUCGUGGUUGAGUGUUAUCCCCAUCUCCGCAUGCCCGUCCGAGGCUCCCCCAAUCCACAGGACGACGAAUUCGUGCGAAAGAAAUCACAGCUACAAUAUCGGCUCUCUGCCGCCCGAAACUAUGUCUUGCUACAGGAGACGAUCUCAACGGGGGCAGUUGCCCUGAUACCCAUUGAAGGGAUAUCGGCUGCUAAGUAA